GCUCGACCCUGGCUGGUGCCUGUCCGCCACCUCCGGGACGCGGGGACCCACCGGGCGGGUGUCGGAGAGCGGGCGGCCCCAUGAGCUCCUCCGAGGAGUGAAGGGGCGUCCGGGCUGCGCCGGAGCGGGCGCCGAGCCGCCGUGGAGGUGGCCCGAGGUGACGGGAGGCCGGGAGAGGUGCCGCGCCAGUGCUGGGAGCUCUGCCACCGCACUGAAUGAAAUCAAGGUCUUGCUUCUGCUCCUUUUCCCCUUCAGUUGUUAAAGGGAUGAUAUUCGGGGGAGAACCUUUGUGUUUGAAGGGUCAGCUGCAACGUGUCUCUCCAGGAAGAUUCCACAAUGAGAAAAACAACCCAGAAUUGCUUCUUACUGAUCAUCCUCCUAAUUAGAAUUGUCCCAAGUCUUUCUUCUACUGUAAAUUAUACUGAUCCUACAUUAGAACCCGUAGUAACUGAAAAUUCAGUCAUACGACAGAAGAUAAUAGAUUCACAGUUCAAAUGCUAUGAGAGGAUGAACAGAGCUCCUCCGUACAAGAAAAAAGGUCUCUUCUGCAACCGAACAUGGGAUGGCUGGUUGUGCUGGGAUGAUACACCUGCUGGAAGGAUCACUGCUCAGAAUUGUCCGGAUUAUUUUCCAGACUUUGAUCCAACUGAGAGGGCUUCAAAAUAUUGUGAUGAAACUGGAAACUGGUUCCGCCAUCCUGAGAGCAACCGAACUUGGUCCAAUUACACCCUGUGCAACUCUUUCACCUCUGAAAAACUGAAGAUGGCGUUCAUACUUUAUUAUAUGGCGAUCGUUGGCCAUGCUUUGUCUAUAACAUCCCUGUUGAUUUCCUUGGCAAUUUUCUUCUAUUUCAAGAGCCUCAGCUGUCAAAGGAUAACGCUGCAUAAGAAUUUGUUUUUUUCAUAUGUGCUGAACUCCAUGUUUACAAUUGCCCACCUCAUUGCUGUUGUCCCUAACCCAGGCCUUGUAAAAAGGGAUCCUGUAAGCUGCAAAGUGCUGCAAUUCUUUCAUCAGUACAUGCUGGGGUGCAACUACUUCUGGAUGCUCUGCGAAGGCAUUUAUCUUCACACGCUGAUUGUAGUGGCGGUGUUUGCUGAAGAGCAGCGCUUGCACUGGUAUUACCUCUUGGGCUGGGGGUUCCCUUUAGUACCAGCAUCCAUUCAUGCUGUUGCAAGAGCCAGAUACUUCAAUGACAACUGCUGGAUGAGUGUUGACACGCACCUGCUCUACAUUGUUCAUGGACCUGUAAUGGCAGCUUUAUUGGUCAAUUUUUUCUUUUUGCUUAACAUUGUCCGAGUUCUGGUGACAAAGCUGAGAGAUACCCACCGUGCUGAGUCCAACAUGUACAUGAAAGCUGUCAGAGCUACUUUAAUCCUGGUGCCCUUACUAGGAAUUCAGUUUGUUAUUAUUCCCUGGAGACCAGAAAACCGACUUGCUGGAGAAAUAUAUGAUUACAUCAUGCAUAUAUUAAUGCAUUACCAGGGCUUACUUGUGGCUACAAUAUUCUGCUUCUUCAAUGGUGAGGUCCAGGGAGCUUUGAAGAGGCAAUGGACACAGUACAAAACCCAGUGGGGCCAAAGGCGCCGCGAGCACUGUUCCACACGAUCUACCUCCUACACGGCAACAUCCAUCUCAGAGGUCCCUGUUUACCUCUAUCAUCACGAUUCCAACAGUGAACAGCUAAAUGGAAGAUACGCAGAGGACUCUGAACUCGUUGCAUUAAAGUCUGGAGAGACAUCUACCUAGCUCAGCACCAGCCAUUGCAAACACAUUGUUUCAUGUUCUGCCUGUGAACAAAGUGGGGAGAAGGGUGGGAGUGUGGAAAUCCAGGAUGCUGUGUCAGAGUGCAGGCCCAGGUGGAAGGACACAUCAUAUUCAAACCACAUCAGCCUCUGACAGCAAUGGUGUGAGGAAGUCUGAUGCAGACCUGGAAACAGUAUUUCUUCCUGUGCUCUGCAGCAGGGAGUGAACAUGGACCUGCCCACCAGGCCAUGUAAUCUCCACAUCUCCUGACACCAGCCGUAUAAAGUGACCAUCCAACAUUAGUAACAACCCCAGGUAGCCCAUAGCAAAUAGGAAAGAAAGAACCAGUAUGUGGCAAUUGGAAAAUUUCAGCACUUUUUGUUUUCUCUACUUUUAACACUAGUUUUUAAACUACCAACUUUCACAAUACGUAACUAAUUUAGAGUCCUUUAUUUUUCCCUUUUAAUGAGAUUAAUGACUGCUUAAAAGAUUUUGCACACUGCGAGACAAAUCAAAUACAUGAGCAACAGAAAGUCCCUCCAAAGUAUUGAAAUCCUGAUGAUUUCCAAAGGAUGGCCCAAAAUGUUACCAAACCCAAAGGAUACCCAUAAUAUUAUGAUUCCAUUAGCAGGUGCAUAAAGCAAAUGAAGGUGAAAUAGUCAUUGCAUACCAAGAUCUCAAACAUCCUCAGAGAAACAGAUCAGUUCUUCAGGUUGCAUCACACAAACCCUGGAGGUAUCUCAAAACAGUUUUUGUUUAACAAUAAAGAGAGUUCAAGAAUGUUUAUUUAUAGGAAAAAUUGUCACUCUAUUACUUUGCCCAGAAACUCACCAUUAAGGCACAAUUUUUUGUGACAUUUAAUUGGAAAUUAGUUUUAUUUAAUGGACAUUCUGAGAUUAAUGCUAGAUGAAUGCUUGUCUCUGUUAUAAAAUUGUGAUCAUGACAGUAAAGGUAAAGAUGCCAUGUAAGAAAUGAGAAACUAAUGUCUUGGCACAGGAUGCAUCUAUUUUUAGAAUCUUGUUUCUCUCCUGAGUCCCUAAUCAUUAGAUAGUCCUGUCAAAAACCUUGAUAACCUGAAAUUAGCAGAUAAAUCCCUGCUGACUUCAAUGCAAUUGAAUGCAAUGCCUUGGAGGGAAGAGGGUUGCUCCAUUUUUGCCACCAGCACACACACGCAGCCUCUGUGGACCACCAACACUGCUCAGUGUGAGGAGUGAGCUGCAUGGAACGAGAGAGCGGAGCUGGGGAACAAGAACAAACUGUCUUGCAAAAUCACAUGGUUAAUCCCAUGGAACACUUACAAGAAAAUACCUUCAUGUAUAUUUUGUUCAAACUACAUACCUAUUUUUCAGACUUCAAGGAAUACGAAGACGGUUAUUUUUUCAGACCACAGUAUUUCUAUCAUUGUUAUUUCUGUUUUCACCAGUGAACAGUAAGAACUGGAGGAGUCAGUUGUUAAAGGCAAUGAAGUCGCUCUGCUAUGAACGCUGAUAUUUCUGAACUGCUCUGGGACACACCACACUUCCCGGGAGCACUCCAGAAGGCAUUCCUGGUUUCUAAAGAUACAAAUGAGCUGAUUGUAAAAGAAGUGUGCAUAAUAUUGAGAGUUUAAUAAUGAACAUGUUGGUUUUAAUGAUGUACAUGUUUACAACUUGUAGGUGCAAGUUGUUUCCCAGUCUGUUAUGUUCAUGUGGAUGUACAAAAUGGAAACGCUUUGCCAUUAUAAUGAUUGUGUUCUUUCUUCACUA